AUGUACUAUAUCCUCUACCUGACCAGCCUCUGCCGCCGUCGCAAUUGGCCCGAACCAAUCUACAACGCAUACAUAAGCAACCGCGGAUACACCUGCACGGUUCGUGUCAACAACCGCGAGUACCGAGCAGACAGUAUCUGCAGCAACGAGACGCUGGCCCGCGAGAGUGCCGCCAUGCGUGCAUACCUGAUCUGCCGCAACUUUUCUGUCAACGACGGUAUGUACCCUGCGGGACAUGAGCACGGCGGCGCUGUGCAGGGUAUGCGUGUUGCUAUUGGUGCGGGACGGAAGAAUGCUCGUGAGGAUGAUGUGCUCUCUUUGGGCUCGGCGAAGGGAAAAGUCGUGGAAUUGUGA